UUUUUCAUGAGGGGCGUGAUUGUGUCGUCGUUUCCGGAUGAAGAGAAGCUAGGGUAAAGAUGGCUGCAGUUAUCACACUGAGGGGUUCAUUCACACUCGUGAGACGUUUGGCGUCUGGGCACCAGUUCAAACACUGUUGCUUACGGGUUCGGCCGGCCCGUCUCGAAUGCCCACCGCAUGCCUACUCUGUCAGGAUCCCGGCGCAGCAUCGAUACCUCCGAACCAGCUGUGCUGCAGCAGGACCGGUUAUGCAGUUCAAACUCUCAGAUAUCGGAGAGGGCAUUCGGGAAGUAACAGUAAAGGAAUGGUAUGUGAAGGUUGGUGAUGUAGUGUCUCAGUUUGACAGCAUCUGUGAGGUCCAGAGUGACAAAGCCUCGGUCACCAUCACCAGUCGCUACGAUGGCAUCAUACGCAAGAUCUACCACGACAUAGACGCCACAGCACUGGUGGGCACGCCGCUUGUUGACAUAGAAACAGAGGCUGGACCAGAUGCUGCUCCAGAGAAGGAUGUGUUGGAGACUCUGGCUGUGUCGCAUGAGGAACACACACACCAAGAAAUCAAAGGCCACAAAACACAAGCUACACCUGCAGUGCGGCGCCUUGCCAUGGAGAACAAUAUUAAGCUCAGUGAGGUGAUGGGGACGGGAAGGGACGGCCGCAUCCUGAAAGAGGACAUCCUGAACUACCUGGCCAAGCAGACGGGGGCCAUCUUGCCCCCCUCACCCUUCAACGAGAUCCAGCCCCCUCCCCCUCGCCCAGCAACCCUCGCCAAGCCCAAAGAGAAGGCGCUCCCCCAGCCUGUGGUUCCCCUCCCCACUGUCCCCAGACCUGUCUUCACAGGGAAGGACCGCACAGAACCGCUCAAAGGAUUCCACAAGGCCAUGGUUAAGACUAUGACGGCGGCGCUGAAGAUUCCGCACUUCGGCUACUGUGACGAGAUGGACUUGACACAGCUAGUGCGGCUGAGGGCGGAGCUUAAGGGUGUGGCAGAGUCGCGCGGCGUCAAACUCAGCUUCAUGCCCUUCUUCAUCAAGGCAGCCUCUCUGGGUCUGCUUCACUUCCCCAUCCUCAACGCAUCUUUGGACGACGCAUGCCAGAAUAUCACCUACAAGGCGGCACAUAACAUAGGUCUGGCCAUGGACACGAUUCAGGGGCUCCUGGUUCCAAAUGUGAAGAACGUGCAGCUGCUGAGUGUGUUUGAAAUCGCCACGGAACUCAACCGCCUGCAGAACCUUGGAAAUGUGGGCCAACUGGGUGCCUCUGAUCUCACCGGGGGAACCUUCACCCUCUCCAACAUUGGAUCUAUCGGAGGCACUUAUGCGAAACCAGUCAUUCUGCCGCCAGAGGUGGCCAUUGGAGCCCUUGGGAAGGUCCAGAUGCUGCCCAGGUUCAACUCUAAGGACGAGGUGGUGAAGGCCCACAUCAUGAACGUGAGCUGGUCUGCGGACCAUCGGAUCAUCGACGGCGCCACCAUGUGCCGGUUCUCCAAUCUGUGGAAGUCCUACCUGGAGAACCCAGCCGCCAUGGUCCUGGACCUUAAAUAAGAAACCCCACCCCCUUUCUGCCCCCCCACCCCCCUCCCCUGGACCCCUGGCCCAGCCUGCGUCCCUCCGCACCCAUGUGAUGUGUAAAAUAAUGACCUAACUAAGGGCUGACGUAUGGCUGGGCCCCCCUGCACCCCCCCACCCUCCCCCAACCACCCAAUCCAGCUGCAGGGCUGGCUGCACAGACGGGGACACUAGUACAUUUUUACUGGAGAAACUCCUAUCUAACUGGCUUUAGUUGGUGUUAGUAUGCUGUUCUGGUGUAAGGGUCCUCUCCUUCCUACUGCCUUACUAAUGUAGAUUGGUUGCACAGCCGAGAGCCUUUGGACCUGCUGAAUCUGAGGAGAUGUGCAACACAGACACUGUGAAGUCUUCCUCUCUGGGCAUGCUCAGUAUCAUACAGUAGUGAAAACGCAGUCUGGGCAUGCUCAGUAACAUACAAUAGUGUAAACGCACUCUGGGCAUGCUCAGUAGCAUAUGGUAGUGAAGACACACUCUGGGCAUGCUCAGUAGCAUAUGGUAGUGAAGACACACUCUGGGCAUGCUCAGUAGCAUACAAUAGUGAAGUUGUCCUCUCUGGGCAUGCUCAGUAGCAUAUGGUAGUGAAGACACACUCUGGGCAUGCUCAGUAGCAUAUGGUAGUGAAGACACACUCUGGGGAUGCUCAGUAGCAUAUGGUACUGAAGACACACUCGUGAGACGCUCAGUAGCAUACAAUAGUGAAAACACUCUCUGGGCGUGCGCCCUGGAAGCCUUUUUAGCAAGAACCUCAUACAUGCCCACUGACUUUACCCCCUGGAGUGUCUCGUGUUCACAUAAGCUCUUUUCAUAACACCUGAGCUGCUGUUUCCAGAUCAGGUGUGGCCCUGGUGAGGCAUGGACCUGCGGCAGCUCAGGGCUUCAGCCGAUACAGAAUGACCUGCUAUCCUCAUAAGGCAUCUCAGCUGGUGAAUGCAGACCUCAUAGACAGGUUUCCCAGAUUGCUUGCCAUGCUCUUUGCAAUAAAAAGGGCUCUUGCCUCAUCCCGCAAACCUUAAAGAUUAACUCCCACGCCCUUUGGUGAGGAAACAGCUUCAUACUAGCCCCCCUUAUUAAAUAACGUUUUGUCAGAAAAGGGUUUUUUCUGUGGGGGAACCUAUGUAGAAGGAACCUCUCUUAAUCAUUCUUGAGAAUGUAAUGGUUAAUUUAUUCCUUCCCAGAACUCAAAAUCUGUGGUGAAACUGGUUCUCAACAGAGUUCCACAGAUAAUUCUUCAUCAGAGUGGUUCUAAGACCUUUAGAGGUUGCCGUGGAAACAAAACUAAGAACUAUUUCUUUUAUGUAUCAGUUUCUGUGGUGCUACUUUUCUAGGAUGACCUGAACUGCUCUUGUUUGCUGUCAAGUGUCGUCUGCAUUUGUCUUUUAAAAUAUCAUGUUAUGCGUAGGACGCCUCGCCCCUCGGUUUGUGUGAGAUUUGGGGAAAUGUACUGAAUGUUACCAGUAAUUAGGGGAGUCCCUGCUACUGGCAGAGACGAGUGUGAUGUUUUUUUUCACCACUCUGCUUCAACGGUCACUGGUGUGAGUUAUUUGUGUGUGUGUGUGUGUGUGUGUGUGUGUGUGUGUGGAGCCUGAAAAACGUUUGAAUAAAUUUGACUUUUCUGUGA